UCCCAUCAUGGCUAUGUUCGAUUCCAGCCACUGACCAUCAAUUUGCACGUCCUGUCUGUCCCAGUUCCCAGCAUCAAUAUGACGACCAAGGUUGUUCUGUAUGAUAUUCCAUCCAAACCACCCCAGCAGGCGUGGUCGUUGAAUCCAUGGAAAAUUCGAAUGGUCUUGAACCUCAAGGGAAUCGAUUACGAAACCGUGUGGCUGGAGUAUCCAGACAUAGCGCCAACCCUGAAAAGCUACGGCGUGCCCCCGAAUGACAGGAGCGCCCCCGGAAUUACCGCAGACUACUCUAGUCCAGCUAUACGCUAUGAGGACAACACGCUGUCUAUGGAUUCCUGGAAGAUCGUUUACGAGCUCGAGAAGCGGUAUCCGUCUCCAUCUCUCCAUCUUGAUGACUCCAUCGUACUGAAAAUCAGGGACCAUAUUGAUCUCAUGAGAACCCCAUUGAACGCCCACCUCAUGCCCAAAAUACCACGCAACUUAUUGAGUAAAGAAUCUGCCACGUAUUUUGAAUCCACAAGGGAGAUAAGGUUCGGAAUGCCAUUGGCCCAGCUCGAGGAGCAGAAGGCGAAUGAGGAAGCCUGGGAAAAAGCGAAAAGACCAGCGGAAGAGGCAGCCGAUCUCUUGAAACAACAUGGGGGACCGUACUUCUUGGGGCAGACCGUCUCGUAUGCUGAUUUCAUUCUGGUUUCAUUUUUGCACUUCGUGAAAAGGAUCGACGAGAAUGUAUACCAACGGUACCUAGACUUCGACCCUGCGUUCGCAACGGUCUAUGAAGCUUGCAGACAAUGGCUGGUGAAGGAUGAUUAA